UGGUAGAAUAUAUAGGGUUGGCAAAUUUAAUUAGCUAGGUUUCGAAUAUAAUUAAUUAAUUAAUUAAUUAUUAAUUCGAGAGUAUAAUUGACUUUUCACAGAUUCUUAUAAUUUUCAUAAGAAACUAGUUAAGGGACACUACAAAAAGAGGGUUGCUUACACUAUAAAAAGAGAUUUGCAUUCACUAGGGAUUCAAAAUGGCUUCAAACGUUAUUUUAUUAAUCACAUUAGCCCUUUCUAAUUUCAUUUGCAUCUCCUUCGCCUUCGACCCUCGUCCUCUUCAAGAUUUCUGCGUUGCCGAUCCCCCAGGAAACACAACAUGCAAGGAUCCGAAAGCCGUUACUGCCAACGACUUCUCUUUGAGCUGUCUGAAUCGACCCACCGACCCCUUCAACGCAUACGGUAUCACCGCCGUCCUCGACGCAGCGGCCACAGUGCCGGGAUUCAACACUCUCGGCCUGGCGUUUGCGCGCUUGGAGUAUGCGCCGAGCGGAUACGUGCCGCCGCACAUUCACCCUAGGUCGACGGAGGUCAUCUAUGUGUUGGAAGGUGCGAUAGAGGUUGGAUUCGUAACCACGUACCCAGAAUACAAAUAUUACAGCAAAGUUCUGAACAAAGGUGAUCUUUUCAUCAUCCCCGUCGGCCUCCUUCACAGCCAGCGAAACGUGGCGAGAACAAAUAGUGUGACGGCGGCGGCGUCCAACACCCAAACUCCCGCCUUUAUUUUUAUGCCUGACUCUGUUUUCGCGGCAAAGCCCGACAUCAACAGCCAUUAUCUGGCCGGAGCGUUUAAGCUGGACGAGAAAACUGUCAAAGAUUUGCAGACAAAGUCGUGGUAUAAUCGAUCUGCUAAGACUAUGUAAUAAAAUUGUGAUCGAUUUCUCGAGUAGUUAUUGAACGCUAGAAUAAAUAAAAUUUCAUCCCACUAUAUGAGAAGAAUGUUAUGACGUUGGUUGCUCA